UUUCCUCAUUCGAUUGGUAGGUUUGGUAUCCUAAGGCGUUACUGGGCAACUUUUCCUUAUUUCAAUUACUAGGUGGCAACUUUUGCUCGUUCAAGUACUAGGUAGCGUAUCCUAAGGCGCAACAUCUUUCUGUCCCCCGUCUCUCCAACCGAAAGUAUUCCACCGACCGACCGACCGAAAGUAUACCACCUACCGACCACUCAUCAGUCUCAUUACACCUUUUAUCCUGAAAUAUUCCUCUUUUUCCCUAUAUUAAAUCAACAGUAUAAAUGAAAGAGAGACCUAAAAUAUAGGGUAAUAGAAGGCGAAGGAGCAAAAUAAGAAAGCAGUGAGCGAACAAGUGAUCAACUAGCCAGCGGCGCUCGAGCUUAAUCAGUUUAGGCUUUUCAUUGCAAAAGAUCGAAGGAGCUCGCCGGACACCUACAUCACUCGGACAAAUAAACACAGUCGAUAUGGGAGACGCUGUGUUUGGCAAUCCCAUCACAAACUCAACUUUAAAAAGGCUGCCUGAAUUUGAAGAUGACUAUAAUAUAACAAGCAUAGACAGAGCUUGUGUGGCUCUCAAUAUGAAGAAUGCAGAGGAAAAGAACGUCAGAGCUCUCCAGUAUUUGGAGAUGCUGAAGGAGAAAUGUGGUGUUGAUCUGGGAACACUUUGCCUACUCUACAAUGCCACCGGCGAUACUAUCAAGUUAGUCACCUACAAGAAUUGGUAUGGAAAUAUUGGAGCUUCUCCAUAUCCAAUGGAGAUUGCAAAUGGACAAUGGGGUGCCUUUCUGCAUGUUAAAAAGAGUCCAGGGCCUAACUCCGUUGGGGCUGUAGUGUAUCGAGGCAAGGACCCAACUGGGGUUGAAUGUGAUUGGAUGGUGUCAUUCGACAACCCUGACAAUAAAGUUCAGUUGAACACAAAAGCAUAUACAGAGGUCCGUGAAAUAGACCACUUCUUGCUAGAUAGCACGUGGGCUACAAUAUAUAACUUGAUGCAGUCUAGUGGCUAUUUUCAUGAUAGCACAAAAGACAAAAACAACCAAAAAGGAUGCUCCUUAUCUGUAUCGAUUGGUAAUGACCAUUUCCCUAUAGCUGUGGCAGUAUUCACCCUACAAGAUGUUUGAUUUACUACUAAAGUUUAGUCUAAUACUACAGCAACUGCGGUACAACUAAUACUUUAGAAGGAGCAAAUUUUAAUAGUAGUGUUGGUUUGGUAUUGGAGUGUGUUAUAUUGCUUUGUAUGGUUUGGAUUGUGUUAUAUUGCUUUGUAUGGUUUGGAUUGUGUUGGAUUGUGUUAUAUUGCUUUGUAUGGUUGUGUGAUGUGAAUGUUGCCAUUAUGGCUUAUCAUAAAUAUUUGUAAUAUUAUUUUAUCAUAUUAGUGUUGGUUUUGUAUUGGAUUAUAUUAUGUUGGUUUGUAUUGUAAAAGUAUUUGUAAUGUAUCAAUUGUUAGAAUAACAAUAUCCAUUUGAUACUUUAUUAUUUAAUUGUGUAAAGAGGUCUAUUGAAAUCAAUCUCUCUUUAUCUUUUGGUAGGCCAAUUGUACUAAAGAAACCUGAUCAUACCUCUUUCUAUGUAAACCCAUCUCUAAUUUUAAAUAUAUUAUUAGUUAUUAUUAUUA